GAAGGGCGGGGUCUCACUGGGGAAAGCAGCACGCGUCCGGCCGGAAUCUCAACCCGCCGCUGCGGCAGCGUUCCGGCCGGUGCUCGGCGGACCAGUGGAGUGCUGCGCUGGCGGCGGCGAUGGGGGCGGUGGGCGUAGGGUUGGUGGACUGUCACUGCCACCUCUCGGCCCCGGACUUUGACAGCGAUCUGGAUGAUGUUUUGGAGAAAGCCAAGAAAGCCAAUGUUAUGGCUCUUGUGGUGGUUGCUGAACAUUCAGAAGAAUUUGAGAAGAUUAUGCAGCUUUCAGAAAGGUAUAAGGGGUUUGUCCUGCCAUGUUUGGGUGUUCACCCUGUGCAAGGAGUUUCACCAGAAGACCAAAGAAGUGUCACAUUAAAGGAUUUGGAUGUAGCUUUGCCCAUUAUGGAGAAUUACAAGGAUCGAUUAUUGGCAAUUGGAGAGGUGGGACUAGAUUUCUCCCCCAGAUUUGCUGGCACUGAUGAACAGAAGGAAGAGCAGCGACAAGUCCUAAUCCGACAGGUCCAAUUAGCCAAAAGAUUAAAUUUGCCUCUAAAUGUUCACUCACGCUCAGCUGGAAGACCCACCAUCAGCCUCUUAAAUGAGCAAGGUGCUGACAAAGUACUUCUGCAUGCAUUUGAUGGCCGGCCAUCUGUAGCCAUGGAAGGAGUAAGAGCUGGGUACUUCUUCUCAAUUCCUCCUUCUAUCAUAAGAAGUGGACAGCAGAAACUUGUGAAACAGUUGCCUUUAACUUCAAUUUGCUUAGAAACAGAUUCACCUGCACUAGGACCAGAAAAACAGGUACGAAAUGAACCCCAAAACAUUUCCAUUUCAGCAGAAUAUAUUGCCCGGGUGAAGGGGAUCUCAGUGGAAGAAGUUAUAGAAGUGACAACACAGAAUGCAUUGAAACUAUUCCCCAAGCUUCGGCAGCUGCUCCAGAAGUAGCUUCAAAACCAAAUCUGCUGCAGGGAGCAGCAUCCGAGAGAAAGAAAUGUUCCGAUUAAAACUGAGGGUUGACAGGGGG